UCGUCUUCACACGCACGGAGGAUGGACUUCGCCUUACGGACGAGUUAAUGGACUCAAUAACCUACGCGUUAAAGCGCACUUUACUGCGGAUUUAGAAGAUACUUCGGUCCAUUUUUCGACAGUUGUUCCGGUGACCGUGAAGAUUUCAGCUGUAACCGAGGUCUUUACACUGCAGCUCGUGGAUGAUCCAAGAUGACUUUAACUAAGUGGAGACUGGUUGGAGCUUAGCACUGAUCCACCGCAGAGCACUAUGAGAAGAUGAAAUCCAGCAGCCUUUAAUCCAGAAAGGAUUCCCCUUCUCUAGACUAAGGGGCUACAAACUGUAUGUAAAGACCACUGGGAAUACAAGACUCGAAUCAAGGACACGAUCCACCCCCCUCUGACUUGCAGGAAGAUGGGAGUGAGAAAAUAACGCUUUGUGGCAUCAAUAGGAGUUUAAUGUGUUCCAAGGAAUCUUAAAACAAACCGUGUACAUCCGUGUUCGUCUUAGACAAGCAGGCAACCAUGUGGAGAUUAACUGGGACUGUCCACUGUCUUCCUGCUGCUGCACUGCUAUUGGCUAGCUUUCUCCAGCCAGUGAUCGCCACUGAGGAAGAUGUCACACCUCGCAUCAGUUUCCCAUACAAUGCAAAGGAAAGAUCAGCUAAGAGGUUCUCGGCAAACGGCGUCUUUAAUUACACCUCUCUGCUGCUCAGCCAGGAAGACGACAUGCUGUAUGUGGGAGCCAGGGAGGCACUGUUCGCCCUCAGCCUCUCGGACAUCAGCAAAAUCAAGCUGCAGAAGAAUCUGACAUGGGGCACUCCUGCUGGAAAAAGAGACGAGUGUAGCUUCAAAGGGAAGAACCUGGAGACUGAUUGCUUCAAUUACAUCAAAAUUCUUCUGCGGCUGAAUAGCACUCAUCUCUAUGUGUGUGGCACCUAUGCCUUCAGUCCUGUCUGCGCCUACAUAAAUACGUCAACAUUCACACUGGAGAGAGCUGAAGAGGGCGAGGUCAUGAUGGAAGAUGGGCGCAGUCGCUGCCCCUUUAAUCCAGAGUAUAAAUCAACUGCCAUCAUUGUUGAUGGUGAAUUAUAUACUGGUACUGUUAGUAACUUUCAAGGGAAUGAACCAGUCAUUUACAAGAGUUUGGGUCAGGGAACUGCUCUGAAGACAGAAAACUCCUUAAAAUGGCUGCAAGAUCCGGUCUUUGUCGGGUCAGCUUACAUCGAGGAGAGUCAGCCUAUAGGCAACUCUGUGGGCGACGACGACAAGAUUUACUUCUUCUUUAGUGAGGCGGGAAAAGAAUUUGACUUCUUUGACAACACCAUAGUGUCGAGGAUUGCUCGCGUGUGUAAGGGUGAUAAAGGGGGUGAGCGAGUCCUGCAGAAAAAGUGGACUACCUUCCUGAAGGCUCAGCUCCUGUGUUCCCUCCCCGAUGACGGCUUCCCCUUCAACAUUAUCCAAGACAUGUUUGUCCUGAAGCCCACGGGAGACAGCUGGGAGAGCACAGUGUUCUACGGCGUCUUCACUUCUCAGUGGUAUAAAGGCGCCUCGGGAAGCUCCGCGGUCUGUGCCUUCACUAUGGAGCAGGUGAAAAAAGCCUUCAGCGGGCGCUACCGAGAGGUUAACAGGGAGACACAGCAGUGGUACACCUACAACCACCCUGUACCAGAACCACGGCCUGGGGCGUGCGUGACCAACCACGCCAGGCAAAUGGGAAUCCAGUCAUCUUUGCACAUGCCUGAUAAAGUGCUCAACUUUGUCAAGGACCAUUUCCUGAUGGACAGCGCGAUCCGCAGCACGCCACUGCUGCUCAAACGCAGCGUACGCUACACGCAGAUCGCUGUGCACAAGAUCCAGGGCAUGGAGAGAGCUUAUGAUGUGCUCUUUAUUGGCACAGAUGAUGGAAAACUCCAUAAGGCCAUCAAUGCCAAUGACAAGAUGCACAUUAUAGAGGAGAUGAUUCUGUUCGCUGAGCCGCAGCCAGUGCAGCACAUUGAGCUUGAUCCUCAAAGGGGUCUCUUGUUUGUGUCAUCUUACUCUGGCCUGGUGGAGGUUCCUGUAGCUAACUGCUCCAACUACCUGAGCUGCGGUGAGUGUGUGCUGUCCAGAGACCCUUACUGCGCCUGGACCGGACAACUGUGCCAGGAUGUCAGGAUGGCUCCACCUGACAGCCACUGGCAGCAGGACGUGGAGGAGGCUGACACAUCAGCUAUUUGCAACAGGACUCUUCCUAACCCCAGAUCUGGCAGACCAGUAGCUUCUCGUGGCUCCCCUUGCCAGCUCAUUACCAUCCCAGCCAACACAUUUAGAGUCCUGCCAUGUAAGCUGCGGUCCAACCUGGCACAGAGGAGGUGGCGUUACAGUGAUAGCGCCAGCCAGUUCCUCUAUGCUACCCCCGAGGGAAACCUGGUAGUUGUGGCUCAGUCUGAAAGGAUUGAGACCUAUCAGUGCUGGUCAGAAGAGGAGGGCUUCCACCAGCUGUUGGCCAACUACUGUGUGAGGGCAGAACCACGCCAGGAGAGUACCACUCUGAUUGGUCACUCCCGCACGCCUCACAUCACGCGCGAGGAGACCAUCAUCCUGCCUGGCGAGUCUCGCUCUGAGCAGGUCCAUACGAAGACGUACUGGAACGAGCUGAUUGUGGUGUGCGCUCUGUUGGCCUUCUCCCUCGUGGUGUUCUCCUUGUUCGUCAUCUACAGGAACCGUGACCACAUGAAGUCCAUGCUGAAGCAGGGCGAGUGUCCUAACAUGCAGCAGAAGAAGCGGAUAGUUGGAAAGCCCACAGAGAGUUUACCGCUCAACGGCAACACCAUCCCCGUUUCUACUUCAGAUCACAAGGGCUACCAGACGUUAAACGACAACUACAUCUGCAGCACGCCCACACACGAGUCCUCGCCAGAUAACAGCAAGAGCUUCUCCGAGGCCUCCGACAGGCGGCCGCUUAACCUGAAAGAGAGCCACGUGGAAUACUCCCCAACCUGCCCUCGGCCCAGAGUGAGGUUAGGCUCUGAGAUCAAAGACUCCAUCGUAUGAGAGCACAGCAUUCAUUAAGCGACGACACCCUGUAUCUUCACGAGGGAUACAGGCCACCGAGCAAAGGAGAGGAGACCCAGACAUCCUCCUAUAUCACAGCACAUCUUUUAUUUUUGUCAUCUUAGUUCUGUGAUCAGUGUGGAGGUCAUUUUGUUUAGUCAUUUCCACUCCGAAGCCAGAGGUCGGUCCGGUUUGCUGUGUAAGGCAGAAAAAAAAUGAAGCAGCACAAUACUCCAGUUUGAGCCAGGAUCAGGAACCAUGGCAGCUGCUAAGAAUAAUUCUCACACAUUACUUUUUUCUUUCUUUUGAGUCAUUCUCGUGGCCACUAACACCAUAUGUGGGUGAGCAUAAGGCUGGGCAAUAUGGGGGAUUAAAAAAAAUAAAAAGAUAAACAGAAGACCUUUUAGUUCCACUGUUUAUCACACUGUCUUUUUAGGUAUGCAACAAUAAAAAAUUGUCUAGUCUAGAUGUACAUCAUAUACUAUUACAACCACAGACAGCGAAUUUAAAAAUAUUUAAUUUUACCCAGCCCUGUUUGAGUAAUCUUGCACAUUCUCUGCAGAGUGUGGCAGCCACACGUCUGUUAUUAUGCACACUAGAGCCAAGCUACAGCUACAUGGUGACCAAGAGUUCAGGUUUAGAAGUAUUAUAAUACAUGAAAUGCAUAUUCAUUAAGAUCCACGCAUUAUGGAUGCAAGUCAUAAACACAUUUGUCCCCAUUCGCUGAAUAAACGUCAUGACUGUAUGAGGAUAAAUAAGAUGAAAGCUGAAGCGGAGGAGGAGAAUACGCCACACCACUGUCUCAAUGAAAAAGGACUGCAAGGUUAAGAAAGAUGAUAGAAUAUGUAAUUAUAUAUGAUGCUACGCCUAUAUGCUGACGUUUACCUCCUGAAUGUAUGUUGUCGUCGAGAGAAAGUCUGUUUCGCUCAAACAAAACUGCACCACAGAUGAUUUAGAGAGACGGUUGCAUUUUCGCUCAUCUGAGUCAGCCCUGCUCUUGAGUGUUGACCUGCAGGUUCCAUGAUGGGUUUCUAAAUGGACUUAAACACAGCUGCCCCGUUUUUUUUUUUUUUGUGUGCGCGCGUAUUUGUUUGUUUUGUUUUAAUGGAACUGAAAUUCCAAGUGCAGAGAGGCAAAGGAACAAAAAGAAAUGGGGACAGCUACACCUCCACCACAUUCAGGGCAGCACCAAAAUCAUCGUUGUGCACUGUGCCAAAAAAACCUAAACAAAAAUAACAUGAUUGUCUUAUCUAAAUGCAAUAGUGCCAUUCUCACAUGCCCAUCUCAUGCUUUGUGUUAGCAUUGAUCACUGUCGAAGAGCACAUGGUGACGGACCCAGGGGAUGGGUUUCGCUAAGUGUUGUGGCACUAAUAAUAAAUAAAUGUAAAGUGCAAGGUUGGGGAUUUCUAAGACUGUUAGCUCAUAGCAGACUUUACAGACUGUGUUGGGCAAAAUAAUUGUUGUAAAUUUUGAACCGGGGCCAAAUGUUUUACAUGGCGAUUGCGUGCCAUGUGGUUGUCAGGUGUGAAAAUAUUCCAGUUUUCCUUCUGCCAUCUCACCGAGACACAUCUGAGACGGUUGAGCUCAGCUUGUCUACUUUAAGUGCUAAUCAAGCCACUCGAAAUGUAAAACUCACAGAAUAAGUAAUAACUAAUGCUGCUGUAGGGGAAAGAAAAUGUUACGAGUUCUCUUGUCCAGACUACAGCUGUAUGAUAUCAUGGCAUGGAUACACAGACCUUUUGUAUUAGCUCAGUAUGACCCCGCCCCCACCAGGUUACAGGUCCCAGACUCGCCACACUCCGUCAGAAGUCGAGGUUACAUAAAUGUGAAAGCACAAGUAAUCAGGGUGUUGAAUACUCACAGGUUUGCACAUUUCACUAAAAUCAGAGCUUGUUUUAAGAAAUGCAACUACUGAGGUGGACGGUAUGGCUGCUAAGGAAAAUCUUUAGAAAUCAGUUAUUACAGGGACCAGUGCAGCCAUCGCAAACACUCUCGCACCCACAUUGCUUAGACUUUUGAGACUUAACAAGCAGAAUUUUCCAAAGAUGCAGAACUCCGAUCAUGUUGUGUAAAUCUGAAUGAGAAACAUUUACACAGCCGUAAGGACAACAUGGCACCACAUGUCUUAGACUACAACACCAGGUCACUGUAUUGAUUAUGUAAGCCUACAAUAUAUAUUCCAGUAUCAUGCAGGAUCAAAACUUUGCUUUUUCAAACACUGAGCAGAUGAUGAAAUGCUAUGUAACUGCUACAAGUUGACAAAGUAACUGCACAGCAUACUGUGCAACAGUGGUCAGUGUUUCCUUUGUUUCUUAGGUUUUUGUUGUGUAUAUACAGUACCUGUGCUUAAUAUUGUGUAUUUUUAAGGGACCUUGUGCAAGAUGUGUUGUAGAGAUAGUCGUGAAACUAGAGAGUGAACACUGGUGAUUCUUUUUUUUAAUUUUAUUUUAUUUUUUUCCUUUCAUAGUGCUUUACUGCCUAAUUCAGAAAACAUUUGACCACGCUGUUAGUUUAGCAUCUGGACUGGUUUUCACUCAAGCACAUCAAAGCAGGACAGAGAUGUUUGUUUUCAUGCCACUGAUGAGAGUUUGAUGAAGAGAUCAACAUCAUUUUUUUUCCUGUAGUUAAUGUGAUGCCACAGCUUCCAGUUAGUUACUUUAGCUUAGCAUUAAAAGGGAGAAACUCUGACUUUGUCCAAAAGUAAUCUUAGUCUGCCAUUAUGAACCGCAUAUAAUAAAAAAAGAUGGACCAAGUCUACCCAUCGGUUUUAAAGCCCUCUUCUGAAGCCUUGAUUUUAACAUUUUAUAAUUUUUUUUUGUCUUAUUGGUGCAUUUAAAACUUUCUAAAUGCACCACAAACAUAAUUAAAAGGUCCACAGCUGUGAACUAUGAAACAAGUUCAGCGUAGCCAGUCUUUGCAUUAGCUGGCUACACAAAACCUAAAACCUGAGUCAGAGGUGACGAUGAUCACAAUGAUGGUUAUCAACUUUCAGUGUCACCACGAGCUCUCUGCUUCAGGUUCUGCUCAUGCGAAAAGGAGCUUUUCACGUGUCAUUUGACUUUUGUUCAACUCGAAACGGAUCAACUGAGUCACAUUACCAGAGAAGUGGGCAGAUCUCUACAGAUUAUUAUUCUAAAAAAUGACAGUAAAAUGCUAAACCAGAGCUGCAAAGAAAAUAAGAUUAAUACUCCAAAAGUUGUUAAUCUUGUGAAUUCAUGAUCAUCACAAGUGUAUCAAGUGGCAAAAUGAAUAAACUCAACUUGUAUUUUUUUAUUAUUGCAGUCUCAGUGCUGCUGUUUAUUUCUCAUAUGACAGCCGCACAUUCAAACUCUGAAACUUGAUAGUUUCAAAAUGACUUAAAAUGAUUGACCAGGUUGUUUAUAUAAAGCAUGACUCCUAAUAGAAUUCUAGAUCACACAUUGAAGCAUGUCAUAAAUAAAAUAACUAUUUUAACUUUAAACGUGUAAUUAUGGUUAGGGUUAUAUUUUCAUCUGAAGUUACCGCAGUGAUCUAGCCAGGUGAAAUGGCUGUGAGACUAUAACCUUCAUAGCAGAAAGCUGCCACUGUCAUAAAUACCAUUUUAAUGGAAUUUAAACAGGAAAAUUACUCAAGUAAUUUCUGUACCAGGCUGUGAACAUGAUUAUUUCUGCCUUGAAGUUGGGAGUUUUGACAUGGGGAUUAACUUAUCUUUGGGUCCAGCCUCAAGUAGCCAUUGGACAAAUUGUUCUUUAGGUGUCAGCCUGAAAAGUUCCCUUAAAAUGUAUCAUUUUUCACACUUUGGCUGUAGACUAUUUAUCAAAAACAGAUGCAGUGUUUUCUGUCGUUAGCUUUGCAUAUGCUGGUAUGAGCAGACAAGCUGGUUCCUCCUUUUUUCAGACUUUGUGCUAAGCUGGGGUAUCAGGCUUCUAGCUGUAGUGCAUAAAUACGAGAGCGAUAUCAAUCUUAUCUAACUCUCAGCAAGAAAACAAAUAUUCUUUUCCAAAACUAUUGCAAGCUGAGACCGAGCAAACAAACCAGAGUAUUGCAUUUGCCAACAGAUGGAUAACCAAAAUAAAACGGAUUCCAGAAGGAGCGUGUUUUUCCAUUUCUGCUAACACAGAUUUUUCUAAACUAUGUGAUAUCUCAGUAGCCUGCUUUGAUUUGUUUGGUGGAUAACUUCACAGCAUAAAAUGCCUUUGGAUAUCACAUUGCUCUGCCUUUAGCCACGUGCCACAUUGUACACUACCCAGCAGUGACCUCACCAACAGAAACAUGGUGAAUGGCGUGAUUGUAGCCCUCAGUGGGCAUGUUUAACUCCACAACGCAACACGGGUCAACAGUAGAUUUACAAAUUCACCUAAGCCACCAUUAACUUAACCUGCUAACUAGACUGGGAGCUGCUCAAAAUCUUGUACCAUUCUGCAGCCUUUGCUCAUCUAAGAAAAAAAAAAAA